UUACAGAGAGAACAAUAAAGAGCUGACCUUAACCUUUGUUCUAUACCAAAACAAAACCUCUUUCCUUACCGGAUUAGAUGUUCCUACAACACUGUAUUGGUCACUAAAACAGCCUCUCAAUUUCAGGCCACCAUGCCCCACGUUUUUUUGGCACUGAUGGUAAAAAUAUGCCCCAGCUCACACCCUUUUCUUGUAUUAUAAAUGCAUCCUCCUGGCUGCUCAAUAUUUCAGCACAAGCGACUUUCCCAGAGGAGUAGCCAAUAACUUCUAUUAUUCCUCCAAGCUCGUGUUUUGCUGUAUCAAUAGUAAUGGCUCUUUCUAAGUUUCUUGUUGCUUCGCUCCUGAUAUCCCUUAUCCUUGUUCACGAUCACGCUGUGGAUGCGGUCGAGGGAGAAGCAAAGGAGCAGGGUUCUGUAGUUCAGAAGAUAGAUUGUAAUGGAGCGUGUGGAGCGAGAUGCCGACUGGCAAGAAGGCAGAAUCUGUGUAAGAGGGCGUGUGGGACGUGCUGCAGGCGGUGCAACUGCGUGCCGCCGGGGACGGCCGGCAACCAAAAAGUGUGUCCCUGCUACUACAACAUGACCACUCAUGGUGGCCGCCGCAAGUGCCCUUAAUCCAUCACUCUUCAUUCCUUCAUUGUUGAAUCCUUCAUCAUUACUCUGUUUCCUGUUAUUUUACUACACUACUACUCGUACCAUUCACGAUCAAUAAUUUUCCCCCCUUUCUGCUGUACUGUUUCGAUUUUCAACUCGAUGAUCUAAUAAAUUAUGUGGAUUUAUUCUGUAGUGAA